AUAUACUGAAAAAUGACCCAUCAUUUCGUAUUAGUCAAGAUGUGGCGGGUACUGUUGGUGAUCGUGUUUGCUGUUCAUUUGGAAGGCACAGAUGGUUUCUUACAUCUUCUUUGGGGAAGAAGGCCGCAUAAUAAGAAAGGAAGCAUCAGGAAGCAAGGUUUGCUUGGCUGCUUCGAAGACUCGAGGAAUAGAGUCCUUAGUGGUGGGCGGACAUGGGGCAAUCAUAUGACAGUUAACCACUGUAGAAACAGAUGUGUGAAAGAAAAAACUCAAUUUUACGGGCUUGAGGUUGGUAAGGAAUGUUUCUGUGGGAAUUCAAUGAGAUACAAAAACAGAAAACCACUGAGUGACUGCCGGAUGAAAUGUAAGGGAAGUCGAGCGGCUUGUGGGGGCGCUUGGAGGAUUCUGAUUUACAGAAAUCCUAAUUACCAAAGCUCAGGCUUUGUUCCAACGACAGGAUUCGUGGGUUGUUAUAAGGACGGCUGGUAUAGAACUCUAGGUGGCGCGUAUAGGUACAGUAGAUAUAUGACAAUCAACAGAUGUAGAAAUAUUUGUAAACGCAGGAGGAAUCGCUACGCCGGUGUUGAGAGAGGGGUGAACUGUUUUUGUGGAAAUUGCCUUCGCCGGAAGAACAAACUUGCCAACUCGCAAUGUAACGUACCCUGUGGUGGAAACAAAAAGGAGGGAUGUGGUGGAAGAUGGAGGAUCGCUAUUUACAAAACAAACGUUAAAAGAGGCAAUAAUUGUGGAAGACACAGCAAAUGUCACUCCAAUGCCAGAUGUAUCAAUGGAGAAUGCCGAUGUAACAGGGGAUACACGGGAGACGGCGUUAAAAGAUGCUACCAAACCUGUACGUGUUCAGCAUCUGGAGAUCCUCACUAUAAAACAUACGACGGUCAAAUGAUCCACUUCAUGGGCAUCUGUAAGUACACCCUAACUAAAGUCAAAAACAGCCGCUCUAACGAAUUUAACGUGGAAGUCAAGAAUGAACACCGCGGGAGUUCUCGUUCUGUGUCCUACACGAGGCUGGUAGACGUCAAACUGGGGAAAAACACAAUUCGUCUGCACAAAAAACACCAAGUAUAUCUAAAUGGAUUAAGAAUAUUCCUACCUUACACAAGUCGCGGUGAGUUUAGAAUAUUUAGGAGCGGUAACAAGGUCAAAGUUAUCGCCAGUACUAACGAUGGUGACGCAGUGGUCACGUGGGACGGCUGGAGCUCCGUCACCGUCACUGUUCCAAAAGAUCUCGGACGUCGUAUGAUAGGACUCUGCGGAGACUGUAACGAAAAGAAAGAUGAUUUCCGGACAAAAUAUGGUAAAGAUGUGUCCGGAGACCGCAACAAAUUCACCGAGAUUGGAAACAGUUACACUGUGAAGGACGAUACUGACCAAAUUCACCAGAGCUGUAAGGCACAUGAAGUUCCAAAUAAAUGCACACCAGAGCUUAGGAAGAAAGCCAUGGAUAUCAAAGUGUGUGGCUUUCUUAAUCCAGAGAAGAAAGACCAAAGUCCAUUCAGAGAUUGUUUAGCUGAGAGUCCUACGACGAGUAAAGAAAUGUUCGAGAACUGCGUGUUUGAUUUCUGUACAUAUUACUCGGAAACCUCCCGACGUGAGAGAACGAUCUGUCAGAGCGUGAACGGUUACGCCGAAUAUUGUGCUGGCCUGGGAAUUUCUGUUAAGUGGAGAUCUAGUGAUUUCUGUCCGUUGCCCUGUGGUGACAAUAUGGUGUACGAUUCUGAGAUGAGUGGCUGCCCGGCCUCCUGUGUAGACCCAGACUCUGAGAAGGACUGCGACCAGCCUCCUACAGAAGGAUGCCGCUGUAAGGAAGGCUUCAUCCUGAGUGAUAACAAAUGUGUGGAGAAAUCAAAGUGCGGGUGUAAAGGAGCAGAUUCUAAAUAUUAUCCUUUGGGAGAAACAUAUACCUCCUCCGAUUGCACGACCGUACAGGAGUGUAAAUUGGAGGGUGGCAGUGUAGGAUUUAAGACAAUUCAAACCAAACCAAAGUGCGGUCAACACCAGACAUGUUCAGUGUCCAAUGGAGCUCCGACAUGUGUAUGUCAGAAAGGAUACAUUUCCGAUGGGAAAGAUGGCUGCUUGGAGGAAACUCCCGCAUGCAAUAGCAAGAAAGCAGACGUUAAGUGUGAGUCAUCCAAUGGGAAUAAGGUGGUUUGUACUGUUCCAAAGGCACAAGCAGUUCUUCAUGUGAGAUCCACUGCAUCCGACUGCAAGUAUGGAUCAACAUACGGAUUCUCUGGGGAUGGCAUUUGGGUGUCGCUUGCAUGUAAAGGGACCUUCUCCGUGUGCUACCUACCAGUACCAUCCGCACCGGGACCAGAAUGUCUUGCUCACGAUGAUCCCCAUGGAAAGAAGUACCAGGGCACCAUGUCCUCUACAGAGUCAGGUUACACAUGUCAGAAAUGGUCCUCUCAGACGCCACACGCACAUUCUUUACUUAAAACCUUGGACAACAACCACUGUAGAAAUCCGGACAAUGAGAAAGCAGCCUGGUGCUAUACCACUGAUUCCAAAAAGAGAUGGGACUACUGUCAUAUUCCUGUCUGCCCGGGUACUGGUGUAAAACCAGCAAAUGUUGAUGAAUGCCUUGAUGCCGGCGAUCCAAAAGGACUGAAAUAUAAAGGUAACAGAAACACAACCAAAUCAGGCAAAGCAUGCCAGGACUGGGGACGGCAGAGACCUCACAGUCACUCUUUCCAGAAAUUGGCGGAUCAAACCAACUUCUGCAGAAAUCCCGAUAACGAGGCUGCCCCGUGGUGCUACACGACAUCCAGCGCCACCCGGUGGGAAUUCUGUAACAUCCCAGACUGCGGCGAAUGUGAGAUCAAGCAAGAGAGGAAUUUGCAGUGUGAAAUCGUUUAUAAGGUGGUGGGCAAGUGUUACUUUGCCUCAAGUGCUCUCAGCAAUUGCAAGUUCACCGUGCGUCUGAACAAAUACAGAAGUGGCGAGUCGGAAGCCAGGAUACUGAAGGAUGGCAAAGCACACAUUCUCCGUUCAGGAGACACCCACAAGAGCUGUGCCUCGUUUGAGAUGCGCUCCAACACGCUGUACGUGGUCGAGAAGCUUUGUGAAGAGAAGUGUACAAAACCUCCAGUUAUUUUGCAUUAAGAGGCAAUAAACGUUUAAUUAUUUUAGAUAGUUUGUUCUUAUGAUUAUUUAUCUUUCUUUAUGAUAUUUCUACUUUCAUUCAAUUAAAUUGCUUUUAACAAUUAGAA